UAUAAAAAACGGCACCAUGUCGACAGAAGACACAAGCAGCUACUUCAGAGUUACGUAAAUAUGUUAAUAUAGGUAGACAGCGUGUCAAAGUUUAGCCCCAACCAACUUUUAUUCAAAACGACACUUAAAGUAGCGUUCUAUGUUUUUAAGUUUAGCUCGUCGGCUGCUUAGUAUGGCUACCGAAACUUAGCCUACAGAUAACAUGAGGGGACGUUCACAGAGUGUCAAACCAAACCGCGGCCACAUUAGCAUGGUCACAACCCAGGCAUGACAGCUGACACCCGUGGGAGGAUCUAGACGAUGGAGACACGGGGCAGAAUCAGCAGCUUUUCAUAUGAGGAGGAAGACCCGGACUCCUCUGCUCUCUCCACCACCAUGUCCAUCGACAAGCUGCUCCCGGCUCUCCUGGAGUGUUUUGGGAUCAUUCUCUGUGGGUACAUCGCAGGGAGGGCAAACAUCAUCACCCCCACUCAGGCCAAAGGGUUGGGGAACUUUGUCUCCAAAUUUGCCCUCCCGGCGUUGCUGUUUAAGAAUAUGGUGCUGCUGGACUUUGCUAAUGUCAUCUGGCCUUUCCUGUGGAGCAUCCUCAUCGCCAAAGUGUCUGUGUUUUUCCUUGUGUGCAUCCUCACACUGAUUGUUGCCAGUCCUGACAGUCGGUUCAGUAAGGCUGGGCUCUUCUCAAUAUUUGCCACACAAAGCAAUGACUUUGCUUUGGGAUAUCCUAUUGUUGAAGCCCUUUAUCAGAGUACGUAUCCAGAGUACCUCCAGUACAUCUAUCUGGUUGCACCUGUGUCCCUAAUGAUCCUAAAUCCCAUUGGGUUUGCAUUCUGCGAGGUGCAGAAAUGGAAGAAUCAGGGAAAUCACCAGCAGAGCAAGCUUCUAAUUGUGGGACUUGUAAUUUUACAGGUCCUAAAGAACCCCAUAGUAUUUAUGGUUGUCAUUGGCAUUAUUGCUCACUUUCUGCUGCACCAGAGAAUUCCUGUGUUCAUGGCUGAGUUCGUGAAUGGCUUGGCAAACUCUUUUGGGGGAACAGCUCUGUUCUACUUAGGUCUGACGAUGGUUGGCCAGCUGAGGAGGUUAACCAGGUCCACUGUUGUGACACUGAUAUUACUCACCACAGCCAAACUGUUGUUAAUGCCACUGAUUUGUAAAGACAUGGUGGAUCUAUUGGACAAUAGCAACACCAGUGCCCUGAACCACUCAAGCCUCUCCAAUUAUGCAUUCCUCUAUGGAGUAUUUCCCACUGCACCGAGUGUGGCCAUCUACGCUGUCUAUUAUAAUGCUGAGCUAGAAGUUGUAACCUCAGGGAUGGUGAUUAGCACUUUUCUCUCAGCUCCAAUAAUGUAUGUUUCUGCGUGGUUACUUACAAUCCGGUGGAUGGAUGCUGACCUUCUGAUGAAUUCACUGCAGAAUGUCAGCUUUAACAUAAGCAUAGUGAGCUUAGUUGCACUGGUUUGGACAAUAGGUGUGAUGUUUCUGAGUAAGAAAUUCAAGAGACUACCUCACAUGUUUGCCGUCAACCUUUUCUUAGCGCAGUCUCUAACCUGCAUUGGGAUGAUUCUGUGGAAAUUUGUUAUAAGGGAAGACAACUUCAUUGGACAGGUCCUAACAUUUACAUUAUUAUGUACCUCACUCUACAGUACUUAUGUGUGGCCAGGUUUAAUAGCACUCUCUCUUGUGGUGCUGAGAAGAUUUGAGGAUGUGAAAGUUUCACCAGGCUUGUUUGUUAUUGCAGGCUGGGGGUUUCCAGCCCUAGUAACUGCUAUGUUGCUCAUUACUGGGGAAAAAAUGUCUGACACAAUAGACUCAUCAUUCUUUUAUGGCAAAAAUCAAAUAAUCUGCACCACAGUUGUAGUUGCUGUCAGCAUGCUGCUGGGAGGGGGCUCUCUUGUGUGCCUCAGUAGAGGAAUUUGGGCCAAAAGUGACCAAAUGUCAGAGGGAAGCUCUACAGUUGAUACUGGAGACGAUCUUGUGACUGAAGUUGAACCAGAAACCCAAACUCUGGUUGAGCCAGUCCACUUAUCAGCAAGUAACAGCACAGCUUGCCUCAUAUGUGACUGUGCACCACCCCAGUCCAUGCCUGACAUGAUCAUCAGCACGAAUAUGAGCAACACACCAGCCUCAUGCAUAGGUCAGUGUGAGAAUAGCUGCGAGUCUUCAGACUGCCUGCUUGUCCAAGUGGAGGAGCUUCAACAGGUCACAGAUCGACAAGUGGCCCGUCAUGUGCUCCUAUGUCUGCUUCUGACCGUCAGCUCACUCGCCAACUUGUCCAGCUGCCUGUGGUUAAUUUUUAACCCUGUUCCUGGCAGACUCUAUUUGGAGCUGCAGUUCUUCUGUGCUGUGGCCAACUAUGGACAGGGUCUCGUCUCAUUUGCGUUGUUUGGCUUGGACAAGCAUUUCAUUAUAUUGCCAUUUAAAAGGAGGUUAUACCGUCUGUGGUUUGGAAAGCAGCAAGAGCAGCCACAGGUGGAUCAACCUGAGGAAGUCAGGAUGACCUGUACCCAGUUCACCAAAUACCACAAGGAUCAGUGCACUCAUGAUAUUGUCAAAAAGAGACGGUGUGGGAAGAGGACUAUGGUGAACUGUUUUCUUGGUUGUGAGCUUGUGGAGUGGCUCCAGCAGGUGGGUUUGGCUCAGGACCGUGGUGAGGCCGUGCUCUAUGGGAUGCGGUUACAACAAGGCGGCAUUCUCCAGCACAUCAAGCAGGAAUACGACUUCCAAGACAGUCACUUUUAUUACCGCUUUAUCAAAUAAGACAUGAGGAAUAGCUCAAAUGAAUGCAAAUCAUCAUUUCAGUUCAUAGAAAAUCACCAAAUGUUCAAGUAGGUAUUUAGGUUGAGCAAUGUUUCAAGAGAAGCUACAAAGACUGAAAAUCCUGUUGGACUGCUGUCAAGGUACUUGGUGCAUUUCACAAUCUGUGUAUUUCAACUCUUCACAGUGUGGUGCUCUGCAAAAAAGUGUUGACACAAGUCACACUCUAUGGUGUUGGGUGUGUUCAACCGUUCACAAACGAUAAUCUCUGGAAUGCUUUCACACCCCGAGUCUUAUUUUUGCAGGUUCAUUUUAAGCUUCACAAACAAAAACACUGAAGAGAGAGUUGAUAAAUACACCUGUGACAAUUUCUGUGUAAAGAAAUUCAAAACUAAUAAUAUCAGUAAAAUUGGUAGAAUCACAAAAAUGAUUUACCAGGAGACUUUCAAUCUGUAUUCCUAUGUAAUAACUCCCAACAGUGAAGGAAAACCACACAAAUAUGGUUAACUUUCUGUACCUGAACUGUCACUUUAAGUCACAGUAUUUACAAAUCAAACUGCAAAAAUAAGGCCUAGGAAGUGUGAGAAUGACUGAACAGAUAUUACAUAUUUCAAGGGAAUAGAACAAGCUUAUACUGUUAUAGUGUUUUUAGAACCUUUUUGUUUUUUAAGCCAACGUGCACUUUUCUGGUCUUUUGUUGUGCCAUUGUAUGACUGACACUGCUUUACUGGAACCCUUAAAGUGGCUUAUUGCUUUCCCACCAAAGGAAAAGAAGGGAAGAUAUGGUUAAUUUUUUUUUUUUAACUUGUUGAUUAAGUUAGGUUUACAAGAUUCUUAGCCAUUUCUAAGUUAUUUUGUGUUUAUCCGUUACCAGAUGGUUCUGAUCCACCAUUUCAACAGAAAAAUAAAAAUCAUUUUGUAUUGAUUUUUCAAUUGUGAUGAUGUUGCUGUUAAACCAAAAAUUCCAGUUAAAAAAGUAAAAAUCAAAGUGGUGAUACAUGCUCUAGAAUAACCUCAGGGAAUGUUAAUACUUAGUUUUACUUGAAAAUAUUUGACCUCGACUUUGAUUUUAUUCCCCUCCUAAACAUGAACAUAUAAAAUCCUUUUUUUUCCAGGUAUGAAAUAACAUAAGGGAAAUUAAGGCAAUUUGUGGCCUUUAAAGUGCAAAGAUGUUUAUUCUUUUAAGCUGUCAAUGUUGAGAAAACACUGGAGGAGCAACUGUAUCACGUAAUUUCUGUUAAAGGCUUCUUAUUUAUGGCUGUGUUUUGUUUUUAAAUAAAUUUUAUUAUGGAACCCACAAA